UGCAGGAUAUGAGGAAGCACGUCAUCAUGACGCUGCUGGACACGGAGCAGUCCUACGUGGAGUCCCUGCGCACCUUGAUGCAGGGUUACAUGAAGCCCCUGAAGCAGCCCGAGAACUCGCUGCUCUGUGACCCCUCGCUGGUGGACGAGAUCUUCGACCAGAUCCCGGAGCUGCUGGAGCACCACGAGCAGUUCCUGGAGCAGAUCAACGACUGUGUGCAGAACUGGCACGAGAAGCAGAAAGUGGGCGACCUCCUCGUGCAGUCGUUCUCCAAGGACGUCCUGGUGAACAUCUACUCGGCCUACAUCGAUAACUUCCUCAACGCCAAGGACGCCGUGAGGAUCGCCAAGGAAGCCCGGCCGGCCUUCAUGAAGUUCCUGGAGCAAAGCAUGAGGGAGAACAAGGAGAAACAGGCCCUGUCCGACCUGAUGAUCAAGCCCGUGCAGAGGAUCCCACGCUACGAGCUGCUGGUGAAGGACCUAUUGAAGCACACGCCAGAGGACCACCCCGACCACCCCUUCCUCAUCGACGCCCAACGCAACAUCAAGCAGGUGGCCGAGAGAAUAAACAAGGGCAUGAAGAGCGCCGAGGAGGUGGAGAGGAACGCCCGGAUUGUGCAGGAGAUCGAGUCGCACAUCGAGGGCAUGGAGGAUCUCCAGGCCCCGCUCCGGAGGUUCCUGCGGCAGGAGAUGGUGGUGGAAGUGAAGGCGGUGGGCGGCAAGAAGGACCGCUCCUUCUUCCUCUUCUCGGACCUCCUGGUGUGCACCACGUUGAAGCGCAAGUCGGGCUCCCUGCGCCGCAGCUCCAUGAGCCUGUACACGGCAGCCAGCGUGAUAGACACGGCCAGCAAGUACAAGCUGCUCUGGAAGCUGCCCCUGGAGGAUGUGGACAUCAUCAAAGGUGCCUCACAAGCCACCAACCGUGAGAGCGUCCAGAAGAGCAUCUGCCGCCUGGACGAGGACCUCAGCACGCUGGGCCAAGUGAGCAAGCUCGCCGAGAGCCUCAGCUUCCCGCACCAGAGCCUGGACGACGUCAUCAAGGACCUGAUGGCCGCCAUCCACCGGGAGCUGGCCGAGAAGCAGUCGCUGUCCUUCAGCAUGUCCUUCCCACCCAACAAAGUGGAGCUCGCCACCACCAAGGCUGAUGGCACCGAGUCCUUCAUCUUCGAGUUCCCCAACCCCGACGCCCGGCAGAGCUUCGAGCAGGCCUUCGAGGACGCCAAGAAGAAGCUGGCAUCCACCAAGAACUGCCUGGACCCCGAGUUCCUCAAGGCCAUCCCCAUCAUGAAGACGCGGAGCGGGAUGCAGGUACUCGGCCCCACGCGCGAGGAGCAUCCCGGGGACACGCAGCCCUUCCCCGACCCUUGGGAGCCCUUCCCGCGGAGGAGCGACGGCUACGUGGGUCAGGUGUGUCUGCUGAGCAUCCGCAAGGAGCCCACCGUGGAGGCCUGCAUCGCCGUCUGCUCCGCCAGGAUCCUCUGCAUCGCCGCCGUGCCGGGCCUCCAGCGGCCCUACAGGUAG